GGAAUAUUGAUUUCUCCCGUUGCCAACAAUCGUCCAGAACGGGGAAAUUAGUGAAAAUGUGGCAAAACUCCGCGCUGUUGUUGGGCGUAAUUUUCGCCGCCGCUUGGGGUGCGGAGUCGGAACUGGACAUUGUUUUACGUCAGGGAUCCGAAACAAGAGACGCGCCUUCUCGGCUGGACGUAGACGAGGGGACUUACUUUACACUUAAGUGUAUGUUAGCACCGCCCCUUUCGGAUGGUGACCCCGUGUGGAAGGCCGUUGGAAACGUCGUCCGUACUGAGAGCGAUGAGUUGGCAUUUCACCCUGUUCGUCUGGAAGACAGGGGAGAGUACUUGUGCCUGGACCGAAAGGGCAAUAGGUACAAAAGUGUCAUGAUUAACGUAGCCCCUAGGAAUAGUGUAGAAGAUCUAUCCCCUCCACUCAGAAAACUGUACGAAGAAGUGCGAAAAAUUGCAAAAGAGGAAAAGCUAAAUUUGAUUGGUGUAACCAUUCCACGCGAAGAAGAUUACCUCAAUGACGAAGGUUAUGCAGAAAAGCCGUACCGUGCACAAACACAAAAAAUAGAUACAGAGGUAUUUUCAGGAGGCGAGGAAAAAACCACUAGCGUCAAAGGGACAACAACUCAAAGUGAAGUUGAAGUAGAAGAAAAAUUGACUGUGGCCCCUUUAGUUGAAGAAGGGGCAAAUGAACGUGACUCAACCACUACCACCAAAACGGAAGAGUACGUUGAAGACUUGUAUGAGGACUACGAGUUUGAUGACAACCCAAACCAAGGGGAGGAGGUGACCGCUAAAGAUAAAUCAUAUGCAAAUGCCGCCAACUUCAUGUACACCGUCGACAAAAAUCCAAGUGACGAAAACGUCUUUUUUGAUCACCACGAGCCGAACAUGCUCUUCAAUCGCUUUGGAGGGGAACCCAUAGGACGCAUUCCCAUCGGUUUGAAUGACAUCUACGCCGACUAUAUGGAUAAUCGAGAUUCCAUCCCGAAGGAGCAAGAAACAGUGAUAGUGACCGAACCCCCCUUGGAGAUAGAAUCUAAGACCUCGCGCAAGGACUGGGUCGCCAUUAACCUGAAUGAUCUUAGGAGGCCCUCCCAUGAAAAAGACAAAGAGAUUUCCACCAAACCACCUGAACAUGCCACGAAAUCCGCUACGCCUACCGAAGCUACCACUGUGCAAUCUAUGGAGUCGACUGUCGAUAAAAUAAACCGGGAAGUGCACGAUAUGAUGCUAUUUAAGUACAUUGUGUAUGCGCUGCUCCUAAUCCUCGUGAUACUCCUGCUCGCGUUCAUUAUCAGAAUAUGGCACUUGCUGGAGUACAAACCUUCGAAUGAUUUCCCACCGCCAGCGACACAGUAUGUUAAGCUGCCCCAGCCUGUGACUCUUCCAACAGUAGAAGAUGGUACAGAGUCGCUACUGCCCUAGUUGCCUUUUUUCGCUGAGUGCAGAGGAGCAGGUGAACCGGAGAGUGUCACUGUUGAAUAUGCAAAGCCGCGUUAUAAAUUAUUUUAAUAAAUAAACUUCCAUUUUU